UUGUCAUGGUUUGUCUCAGCUGAAUUUUAAUAUAUUUCUUCAGUAUACAUAUUGUUGUACCAGGAUUGUUCAAAUUAUGAAUGAUUUCCAAAGUAUUGAUCCUCGUAAGCAAGAACUAUUGGAAGCAAGAUUUUUAGGAAAUGCUAAAAUCAAUAAUAAUAGCAAUAAUUCAAACGCUUUUCACAAUCCUCCCUCUUCAUUAUUGAUUAAAUCACCUAUACCUACUCCCGUUUUAAAUGCAAAUAUUAUAGCUCAAAGUCCAAAUAUUUAUUCUCACCAUUUGUCAAAUGCAACUAUCACCAAUGAUUCUAAUCAAAGUACAGCUAGUACAGAAUCUAGUAUGGGCAAGGAAUUUAUGCCUGCACAACCAGGAGAUGUUUGCUCCAACAUGGAUAAAUCUGACAAACAAUCUCAUACUAAUUCAGAAAGAAAAAGAAAGCGCAGGGUUGAUAACAAAAGUGCAGACGAAACUAAAAGGGGCGUUCAACAAGUUGACGUUGUAUCCACCAAAAAAAUCAACGAAUAUUUCAAAAAUCUUAAUGAUAGUCCUAGACAAAACGUCUUAGCCAAUUCUCACAAAACCUUGAUGACCAAUAACGUUGUUACCUCUUUUUCGUUCAGUUCCAUUCCCCACCAUGCCCAACACUUUCAACCCAUCGUCUUAAAUCCCCCCUCUCAAAGUCCCUUACAGCAUUUAGCUUCGCCCUUUACGAACUCCAACAGUUCCCAUUCUUCCAACGCUAAAGCUAAUGCCAAUCUGAAUUCUUUUAAAUCGAUCGACAGCGGGGGCCUCGUAAAUAACGCAGACACUAACAAAUGCGGUUAUAGCAGCAACAGCUGCUUAAACAGUCACGGCCUCCAUCAUAACAUGUACCAAAGGUCCAGCAAUCCUUACUUAAAUACUGCUGCCCCCAACAUUUCCCAUAGUGCAUCUGUUUAUCUCACUAAGAAUUGUCAGACUGAAUUGUCGAUUGAAAUGAUUUGUUCUCUAGAAUCGCAAAACUCAGCUGAGAUUUUAGAAAAAAACGUUGCAAUUGAUGAACUAGAAAAAACCAAUACAGAUUUAGCUCAAAUAAAUGCCGAACUGACAAAAACCAAUUUGAUUUUGAAGGAACAAAUAGAAAAGCAAAAGGAGAUUUUGAAUAAAUGCACUUACACUAAGAAAAAAUUGCUCAUCGAAAAAUGUAGCUUCGAAAAGAAAGAAGCACGUCAAAAGUGCAUGCAAAACCGAUUUAGGUUAGGCCAAUUCGUAACUCAAAGACAGGGCGUCCAUUUUGUGGAGAACUGGGUUGAUGGAUAUGCUUUUACUGAGUUAUUAAAGCGCCAAAACGAAAUAUGUCAAGAGAAGGAGGAACUGGAACGCCUCAAAAAGGCGCUCACCAAGAAAAAGACACUGGUCGAAGGGCUAACCCCAUCCGGUAAAUCGAAUUCUUCCACCUCCGCCUCUCGUUCAAAACCCACCGCCAUCUCGUCAUCUAACAACCUCCCUUCUUCCAAUCACCCUAACACAAACGUCAAUAACGCCCUUGGCAGUAAUUGCGGCACGGGAGGAAAUAACGCCAAUAAUAACCAAAACGUCGCCAUGCUCAGUCUUCCGGCUCCACCCUACACGGCCGUGUCCUCCGAGGACAGUGGUACGUCACCCCAUUCCAACAACAACCAACAAUUAUACAACAUAACUAAUGUUAAUAACGGCAACAUGACCCCUAUAAGCUCUAAUAAUAAUCUUCCAUUUACCUUCACCUCCGUUGGCACGGGUGGUAAUCUGGGCUCAAGCAAUAUUAAUAAUCACAAUAACAACCUCACCCUUAUGGAAUAUCAUAUUCAAGAAGAGAUUUUGAAGCUUCGACAGCUUCAACUCAAAAAAGAGGAGAGCGACCUACAAAUCGAUCUGGAAAAAUUGGAAAGAGAACGCAAUUUGCAUGUUCGAGAGCUCAAACGUAUAGAUCACGAGGAUCAGAGCAGAUUCAAAGAUAACGUGAUAUUAAAUGAAAGAUAUCUUCUCCUAAAUCUAUUGGGCAAGGGUGGAUUUAGUGAAGUUCACAAGGGGUACGAUCUUAUUGAACAGCGCUACGUAGCUUGCAAAAUCCAUCAACUCAAUAAAGACUGGAAAGAUGAUAAAAAGGCCAAUUACAUAAAGCACGCGGUAAGGGAAUACAAUAUACACAAAGGACUCAAUCACGAUAAAAUUAUCAAAUUAUUUGAUGUUUUCGAAAUCGACAAUAACUCCUUUUGCACAGUAUUAGAAUAUUGCGAUGGUAAUGACCUAGAUUUUUACCUCAAGCAGCACAAAUCCAUAUCCGAAAGGGAAGCCCGCAACAUAGUAUUGCAAGCCAUAAGCGCCAUCAAAUACCUGAACGAGAUCAAGCCCCCUAUCAUACAUUAUGACUUGAAACCGGGAAAUAUCCUUUUACAAAGCGGUAGCGUUAGUGGGGAAAUAAAAAUAACCGAUUUUGGACUUAGCAAAAUCAUGACCCACGAAGGACCCGACACAUCGCUAGAAAUGGAUUUGACUUCCCAAGGAGCUGGAACUUAUUGGUAUUUACCUCCCGAAUGUUUCGAAAUCGGUAAAAUUCCGCCCAAAAUAUCUUCCAAAGUCGAUGUAUGGAGUGUAGGCGUUAUAUUUUAUCAAUGUUUAUAUGGCAAAAAGCCCUUUGGACACAAUCAAUCCCAAGCUACAAUUCUCCAGGAAAAAACAAUUUUAAAGGCCAAAGAAGUUGAGUUUCCUAAUAAGCCAUUGGUUAGCGCCGAGGCUAAAGCAUUUAUCAGGAAAUGUCUUCAAUACCGGAAGGAAGACCGAGCCAACAUAUUUGAUUUGGCCAUUGAUGAUUACCUGAAACCGAAAGAAAGGAAAGGCGCUUCAAAUCUAACAUCCGUUACGUCUAAUAUCAACACUAAUUGCAUAUCGUAAAUUAGAUAAUAAAAAAUUUAUUUUCGCGUACCUUAAAAAACAAAAUAGCGCGAAUUAGGUACUAUUUAAUCGAAAGAUAUAAUUCUUCUUACAAACAAACCAAAUUUAUAAAUACCAGAUUAUGUUUAUAUAAAAAUAUAUAUAACUUAUAAUUGAACAUUUUUUUUGUUUGUUUGUUUUUUUGAUCGAUUAUAAAUAUAUAUAUUUUUUUAUUAUCGUUUCAAUUUUCGCACAUUGCUACUUUAUUAUUUUUUCUUCUCUUUCAUUGUUGUAAUUAUUAUGCUUUUGCACCCCUUUAAGUAAUUAUUUAUUGCGGAAUCUAUGUCUUGUUUUUACAUGUUCUUAAUAUUUAAAAGAGUUUUAAAUGCUAACACUCUUUCCUUUUCAAAAAUAUAUAAAAUAUAGGAUAGGACCUAGUUUUAAUUUUAAGCGUGGUUAAUUUACCAUUAUUGAAAAAUAGGAAACUAGAUUUUCACUUUUACUAGCACACAUAUAUACCUUUCAAAGCUCAAAUUUUGAUUCAUCUACAUAUUUUAAAGUUAAAUUUUACAAUUACCUUAAAAUUAUGACCUUCAUCGCUCUUUCUGUUUCUUACAAUCUGCAGGAUUAUAUUAUGUGAUGUGAAAUUAUAUAUUUUAUUUAUUUUUUUAUGAAUUUUUUUCAAAAAAAAUUUAUACAAAGCGGUGAGCCAUUUAUUAAAAUAUUAUAUAACUAAUAUCAAUUCGUAUAAAUUGGUAAAAUAAUUACUUUACCUUCCUCGCCCCCCCCCUAUCCAAAACACAAAAUGUAUGUAUGUUCAAUUAUAUUAUUGAUUAUAUACUAU